AUGAAUUCAGAGACUACCCUCGCGGAGCCCGUGCCUCCGUAUAGCUCCUUCAGCAAUGGCAUGAAAAGAUACAUCGUCUUUACGGCCGCGGGUGCGGGCUUCUUCUCCUCCCUCUCAGCCCAGAUCUACUUCCCGGCCUUGAAUACGCUGGCCGAGGAUCUGAAUGUGUCGGCCUCCCUCAUUAACUUGACCGUCACAAGUUACAUGAUUUUCCAAGGCAUUGCUCCUAUGUUCCUCGGCAGUUUUGCUGACCAGACUGGCCGUCGCCCCGCUUAUAUCAUUUGUUUCAUCAUCUACAUCGCCUCCAACAUCGGCCUGGCCCUGCAAAACAACUAUGCCGCCCUGAUUGUGCUGCGAUGUUUGCAGAGCUCCGGUAUUAGCAGCAGUGUCGCGCUUUCGGCCGCGACGGUCGCCGAUGUCAGUACCAAACAAGAGCGAGGCUCCAUGAUGGGUAUCGUCAUGGCCGGUAACUUUAUGGGACCGGCCAUCGGUCCCAUCAUUGGCGGUCUCUUGGCGCAGUAUCUCGGCUGGCGCUCCAUCUUCUGGUUCCUGACCAUUGUCUCCGGCGUGUACUUGGUUCCGCUACUGUUUUUCCUCCCCGAGACGGCGAGAAAUGUAGUCGGCGAUGGAACGCUGCCGGCGCAGUCAUGGAACCGACCCUUCACGCAAUACAUCUUCGAUCGCCAAGGUGUCGCAAAGAGUCUUUCUUGCGCAAGCUCGCAGCGGCCCUCGACCAGCGACUCUAUCGAAAAGCCCAAGCACAAGCUCUCAUUCCCCAACCCACUGCGCCCGCUGGCCGUCGUGUGGCACCCCAACUCGAUCAUCGUCCUCAUCGUGACGGGUAUUAUCAUGGGUGGAAACAUGACCGUCCUCUCGUCCAUCACCGAAAUCUACACGAACCAGUACCACCUCAGCAUCCUCCAAAUUGGGCUGUGCUACAUCACCUUGGGCACCGGGUCCAUCGUGGCAUCUGUCACGACCGGACGGAUGCUCGACUGGAACUAUCGACGCAUGGGCGCGAAAGUGGGUAAAGACGCCUCGGGAGCCCAAGCAUCCGAAGAUGCCAUCCCCGUCGAGAAAGCGCGCAGCAUGAUCACCAUCCCGCUAGUCAUUUUGGGCAGUGUGACCGUCCUGGCCUUUGGCUGGGUGCUCAACUACGGGGCGCCUCUGGCCGCUCCAGAGGUCCUCUUGUUCUUCGUCGGGGUGGGUCAGACGGGUGGCUUCAUUUCCACCUCCACUCUGCUUGUUGAUCUACACACUUCCCAACCGGCCGCCGCGACCGCCGCCAACAACAUGGUGCGAUCGUUCUUUUCGGCCGGCGCCUCGGCUGCCAUCGACCCGAUGCUCUCGGCGAUGGGUCGGGGUUGGUCGUUUACUCUAGUUGCGUUCAUCUUGCUGGGUACGAUCCCGUUUCUCCUUUUGUUGUGUGGAGUCUGGAGCCAGAAGGAGACACCCAAGGAAGAAACGUCUCAGGCUUGA